AUGAUACCUUCGAACUCUCUGAUGCCCUCGAACUCGAUGUUGUCGUGGAACUCGAUGUCGUCUUCGCACACGGUGCUACGGAACGGCAAACAAAGACCGCCGCAGACCCAGGCGGUGCCGGAGGACCGGCAACUGUGGACUCUGCUAGACUCGGUUCCUCUCGUUAAGUUCGGACCGCCGCCGAAAACGAGGGGUAUGAGGUUUCUCCUCGCCGACCUUGGCAUCGGUGGCGGCGGCGGCGGUAACGGCAGCUUGGAGUCAGAUAGCGGGGGCGGGGGCGGGGGUGGAUCUUCUUCUAGAGCGUCGUCGAGGAAGGGAGAGUAUAUAUCCUUUUGGAAGCCGGAGGUGGCUGUUCGAGUCGUGGCGGACUUCACGGAGUACCCGCACAACUACCUUCCCCAGACUAUUCAGCGAGCGGCCGAGAUCAUCGGCUUGACCAAGGACGGCCAGUGGUCCAAUGGCGCCUGGGACAGCCUGGCGUACAAGCCGAUCGUGCACGUGGACGAGAUAGGCCUCACGUCCGACAAGUACGUGCCCCUCAACAGGACCCUUUCCUCGCUGCCCCUCAAGGUCACCAUCGAGCCCAUGUCCCUGCAGCGCUGGCAGCUCAUGCAGAGCAUGGAGCACUCUCUGCAGCAGCAGAAGGAGAGCUUCGGCUUCCAGGACUCGGACGUCGACGACGUCCGCCGCCUGAUAAGCGACACCAACGUUUACCUCCUCAUCGUCACGCUCUUCGCGUCUACCCUCCACCUGUUGUUUGAGUUCUUGGCGUUCAAGUCGGACGUGGACUUCUGGCGGCGAAACAAGAGUCUCAGGGGGCUGUCCGUGCGGACCCUCUUCAUGGAGGUCUUCUUUCAGACGGUGAUCUUGCUGUCGCUCAUCGAAGAGGACGCGUCCUUGCUGGUAACGGUUCCCGCCGGCGUGGGCGUACUCAUCCAGAUCUGGAAAGUUCGAAGAGCGACGGGCAUGCAGAUCGGGUGGGGAGGCUUCGUGUUCACGCGGCUCGAACAAGCCGAAGGGGGGGGGGUGCCGGCGGAGGCAGGGGAGGGGGUACCUCGCCAGGAGAAGAACGGGGGCGGCGGGACCACCACAGAAAAGAACAAAAGCGGAACGCCUGGUUCUAGCAAGGGCAGCAGUGGCGAUGCGUCAUCCCUGAGGCGCCGCAAGGGGGAGGACGGGAAGCAGGGCGACCCGAAUGCAAAGGCGGAGGAGGCGGUGGAGGGGCCGGGUGUGGGGGGUGUCUUGGGGGAGGGGAAGGGGCCCGACCAGGCGAUGGAGACGAUGAGGCACGACCGAAUGGCGAUCGCAUAUCUCUCCCUGCUCCUGCUCCCGCUGGUCGUUGGGUACUCGGCGAAGAAGCUGGUGAUGGAUGAGCACGCCAGCUGGUACAGCUGGUCCCUGCAGAGCGUCACGGCGUUCGUGUACACCUUUGGCUUCGUCCUCAUGACGCCGCAGCUGUACAUCAACUACAAGCUCAAGAGCGUGGCACACCUGCCGUGGCGGUUCCUGUGCUACCGCAGCCUCAACACGGUGAUCGACGACCUCUUCGCGUUCGUGAUACGAAUGCCGACGAUGCACCGCCUGUCGUGUUUCCGUGACGAUGUGGUUUUCGUCGUCUACCUCUACCAGAGAUGGAUAUACCCGGUUGACCAAAGCCGACCACAAGACAGAGGCUCCUAGGCACGAUGGUCGAAAUUUUCGAUUGCGCCACAAGCGUGCUCGAUCGUUAGUCUGCCCGGCGGUGAGAAGAAGCGGCCUUUGGCUGGGUGUCCAGGCAACAACAACCCGGCAACAUGUAUCGCUCGCUCUGUACACGGAUAAAUGUUACGGCUUUGUCGCGGACUCUGUAGAUUAGUAUCAUACUUCGAAGACUGAGCCCUGAAGAUUUAGUUCAGGGACGGUGGUGGUGAUGAUGCGAACGAAGGAUAAGGAUUGUACCCUUGUUGGUCCAUGGGUCUCGUGGUGCAGUUGGAGGCCUAUAAAUAUGCCAUCGCGGUUGAGCUAGGGAAUCUUGCUUGUGGCCCGUUUUGGUCAAUGCUGGUACGCUCGGUCGGCGUUUGGGUGAGGAUCAGAUUAGGAAGCGGUGGGGAGAGGGAUCCAAAGUUGAGCAAAUCAGUCUCAAGGGUUGGCGCUUUUUGCGGGUGAGGCCCAUCUUUUUCAGCGAUCUUGCCGGGAAAUACCACUCAACAAGGAGUCGUUGCGCGAAAAGGCUGGAAUCGAUCGGAGCCGUUGUGAAAAAAGGCUGGAAUCGAUCUCCAGGCCUGAACCUUUAUUCAUUAGGGCGGUCACCUCCUCCUCAGCAGCAGUUAGUCGCGCCUGAUCCCGUGUGAUACGCGUUGCCGGGUUGUGUGCGCGGUCCUCAAGAGCUCCAUCUCUGCACCUGACGGCCGUACCAUUUCUUCUCCAGCGAUCUUGCGGUGGGAAGUGCUUGGAAAAAUCAACGUUUACAGUCGUGUGUCGAAAUCUGUGGGUCUGACUUCACUGAAAAAUUGGGCCACGAUUAUUUGGUGUGGGCCGCAGGAGUAGUUCAACGAUAUUAACAAUAUGGUUUUUUCUGGGUACCGUAGUGCCUGGUGGUUUAUGCGUUUUCGUGACUUUCGGGAAAGAUUCCUAGCAUUUUCUGGCGUUGGUGAAAAUCACUUGAUCGACAUGUGGCUGACGUCGUUCAGAAUGGAAUAAUUAAUCAUGAAUCGAGAGAAAGAGAGUCGCCUUUUUCUACGAUCCACCCUGCAGCGAGGAAGGAGUAAGGAGGACUUCAGAGAAAACAUCUCGUAACAUGAAGAGAUUGAAGAACGGUCGGUCCCCAAGGUGGUGCGGUAAGAAGCUGUGUUUAGCUUGCUGGUGACGGACGGCAGCUUUGUCUCGUGUGAGAUUUAGGCGAAGACAAGGGUUACCACAGAGAGGAGAGUGUGUGUCUGGCGGAGCCUUCAACGCGGGUCUGCGCGACCAUGCCAACAACUUGCCUUCUAAGGCAUAAAGGAGUUGUUGUAUGGACAACACGCGCCCGCGAGCGGUAGCCGACUUCCGGCAAAGGUUGUCGGAAUGCUCUGGGGAAGGGUCGUCACAACAUGCAAUACUCUGGUGAACUCCAGUGGAUGUACCGUCCACAAUAACCUCGGGCAUGCACGAUAAGAGGCGAAAACACGCGCGCAUUCUUUCCUCGUCCUCCCCGGAAGGCCUCGGAUCACGCCCGUCACAUACUCUACCGAAAACGUUCGUUCACGACCACACAACGAUGAUUGCAUGAUCUGACACUGUUCAAAUCAAAUUCAUCACACCCUCUCUGAUCCAUGAUAUUUUUCCGUUCCUCCAACCUCAUCACACGCCCUCACACAACCGAAACCACAAAACACAUGUCAUUAUUGUACCCCCCGUCCUCCAUCGGUGUUUGCCAUC